CAUCCGCACUGCGGUCUUUAUAACUCGGCCGACGUUUAUAACUGAUGCGCCGACGUGUUUUCCUGCUUUAAAGUUCACUCCUGAUCAAGCAGAGGCGUUUGUUUUGUCAACUCUCUUAAUCGUAUAUAACCUGACCAUAUAUUUGCUUUUCGGAAUGGGACAGAAAGGUGAUUUAAGUGAUUUUCAACGCGGGAUGAUUGUUGGAGCCAGACAGGCUGGUCUGAGUGUUUCCGACACCGCUGAGCUGCUAGGACUUUCUCGCACUACAGUCUCCAGGGUUUACAGGGAAUGGUCGUUGAAGGACAAAACAACCACUGGCCGACAGGAAUGUGGGCGAAAAAGUCUCGUUGACGACCGCGGUCAGAGGAGGAUGGCCAGACUGGUUCAGGCGGAUAAAAAAGCUACCAUAACCCAGUUAACCGCUCGUUACAACCAGGGGACCCAGAGGAGCAUCUCUGAACGUACAACACGCCGUGCAUUAAAGCAAAUGGGCUUCAGCAAGCAGAAAACCACACCGGAAAGUAAAGCAAAACCGGACGACGUUCCUGUAAACAAAGAACAGAAAUCCAAGGCUCCGGUUCCCGCGGAGGCACCAAAAUUAAACGACACACCUUCAGGCUGGCGUCAGGACGAUUCAGAAGCGACUCCGUUAGCGUAACAUUAACUUAAAACAAGGCACAACAACAGGACAUUGCUGGUUGGACUACCAACAUCACGUUUAUUUCUUCUUGAAACACAUCCAGUUUCAAGUUAUGUUUGUAUAUAUUAAUAUUUGUCGAAAUGAGCUUUCAAAAUGCGUGUAAGCAAUGAGAGGCGCAUCAAAACAAAACCUUGUUCUAAUGGUUCAUUGAUUUAACCGUAUAAAGAUUAAUUCAUACUUAUUGACCCCAGAAAACAUGCACUGAGUUUGUGCAAUUUUCAUUUUGGAAUAAACUAGAACAUUAUGGAAUUU